AUGGAGGAGAUUACAGAGGCAGUGCAGAACAUAACCAUCUCAAACGACCCUCACAAGAAGAAUCGUAUCCAGGUCUCCAACACCAAAAAGCCCCUUUUCUUCUAUGUUAAUCUCGCCAAGAGAUAUAUGCAGCAACAUAAUGAGGUGGAGCUUUCCGCCCUUGGAAUGGCCAUUGCCACGGUUGUCACUAUAGCAGAAAUUCUCAAGAACAACGGGUUUGCUGUGGAGAAGAAGAUUAUGACAUCUACGGUUGACAUGAAAGAUGAAUCUAGAGGACGUCCCAUCCAAAAAGCCAAGAUUGAGAUAUUGCUGGGGAAGACUGAUAAAUUUGAUGAACUGAUGGCUGCUGCUGCUGAAGAAAGGGGGGAGGUUGCAGAUGGUGAAGAGCAGCAUAGUUAA